ACUGUUCCCUCCAUCGUUUGCGUUCUUUCUGUUGUAAUGAGAACUCCUUGUGUAUAAUUACUUUGCUUUACUCCAAUUGGGGCGCCCGCCAGUCAUGUCAACAAAAGCCUUGCUUCGAACAGUUAGGCCAACAGCCAUCCGCUCAUUCAAAGCUCCACAACGAACCUUCAUCACACUUCCAGGAGUCGAAUCACAAUCCCUGACGGCUACUCGAAUACUCCCAUACAAACCCAGCAGCCUCUACACCAUCAUUGCCGAUGUCGACAGCUAUUCGAGCUUCCUUCCCUACUGCCUCGACUCCAAAGUCACGAAGUGGUCCGCUCCAGACGCGAACGGAAAUCGGUGGCCCGCGGAAGGAGACCUGAAAAUCGGCUGGGGCGGAUUCGAGGAGACCUUCACCAGCCGAUUAUUCUGCGUGCCAGGCUCCAUCGUUGAGGCUCUCGGCGGGGAAGCGGUCACCGAUCUACCCAAAUCCGACCUUGCGCAUCACGCAGCGACGUUUGAUGCCCCAGCGGUCGCGAAUAAUAUCUUCAAAUCUAUACGCACGAGAUGGCAUGUGAAGCCGUUUCAGUAUAAGCCUCCGGCUGGGCAAUUGCAGCCGAAUAGGAUGGGCCUCCCGGCGCGGGAGCAGACGGAGGUGCAUCUGUCGAUUGAUUUUCUGUUUUCGAAUCCGAUAUAUGCGGCUUUGAGCAAGGCUGUUGCGCCGAAGGUUGCGAGCGUUAUGAUUGAGGCGUUUGAGGUCAGAGCGAAGAAGUUGUUAGAUGGUCCAGGUGCAGAUGUGAAGGGGCCGCUUCCAUUAGAUGGCCCUUUGGGUGCCGGGAAGAAGAUUGGCGCAUGAGAGGCAUACCUUAGAUAGGCGUUCAAUGGGGGCUCUUUCAUGGAACGGAGUGUGGAUAGACUGUGCCAUUUAGGCCUCAGAGCCGUGUACUUGUAUACCA